CCGAAGCUGUACCAGGCCUUCCCCAGGGAGGGGCCGCCACCCUCGGCCCCCGGGGGGCUGCUCCUCCGGCCCCUGGACGAGGACUCUGACGGCGGGCCCUUCGAGGAGGAGCCGUCGGAGCUGUCCACGCUGCUCCCCGACGGCCUGGCCAACAUCAUGGCCAUGCUGGACGAGUCCAUCCAGAAGGAGGAGGCCCUGUGCGUCGGCGGCCGCCCCCCCGGCGGCGACCCGGCGGCGGCGGCUGCGGUGGGGGGCCCGGGCUACCCCUGCGCCCCGGACCUCAUCCCGGCGCCCAAGCACCCGGCCAACCAGGAGGAGUUCGCCAGCCCCCCCGUGCUGAGCCGGCAGGGCUCGCUGGCCUCCCCCUGCAGCCGCACCUCCUCCUUCAACGAGGAGGACGAGGAGGGCCCCAAGGCGGCCCCCGGCGCCGGGCCCCAGCUCCUCCAGCGGCCCCGCUCGGGGCCGGGCCCCGAGGAGAACACCAACUACCGGCACAGCGACCUGGCCAAGCUGUACGGCCUCCCCGAGCUCAGCAAGAGCGAGGCGGACGAGGAGGAGGACGAGGAGGAGUCGGAGACGCCCUCCAGCUCCCCGCCGCCGCCCCAGAGGCCCCACCUCCACCAGACGGGCGUCAGCAGUAUGUUCAAGUCCCUGGCCACCGUCAAGGAGAGCCAGAGGUACGCGUACCGUGGCGGGCCCUUCGGCAGGCCGCCACCCUCCGCCCUGCUCGGGGUCAAGUACUCGUCGUCGCUGUCGCUCGGGCCCCACAUCCACCGGCAGCAGAAGGAGGGCAGCUCCCCCACCUCGGACCCCAGCCACCCGGGGGUGGCCCCCGACCCCAAGACCUCCCCGUAUCCCCUGGCGGAGAGCAAGGCGGCGAUAGCCGACGUUCGGAGGGAGGCGACGGACCAGAGGACGGCGUUCGUCCCCUCCACCGUGGAGCCGGCGGACAUCAAGGAGGAGGCGAUGGAGAAGCUCACCACCAUCUCCGAGACCUCCCUGGCGGAGCUGGGCCGGAGCUGUGACGUCCUCAUCGGUCGGCACGCCGACAAGAGGAGCUCCCCCGAGCGCCACAUCAAGCUGGAGGACCGGGGACACGCGUCGCACGGGAAGGAGAAGGAGCGCGAGAGGAUCAAGGACAAGAGCCGAGAGCGGGCGAGGGAGAGGGACGGGGAGACGAAGAGGAAGCACAGCCACAGCAAGAACCACGAGGAGCGCAAGGAGAGGAAGAAGCAGGAGCGGGAGAAGAGGGCCGAUAUGGCCUUCUCCUCCUCCUCCUCCCCCGCCCUGUCCUCCCACGCCGGCUCCGGCCACCGCAAGCGCCACAAGGAGGGCAAGAGCCACAAGGAGAAGGACCGGCGGAUCCUCGGAGACCUGGACCUCCAGAGCAAGGAGCAGCGCGAGAAGAACCGCUCGCACGACAAGAAGAAGCAACGUAAGGACACGACGGCCGGCUCCGCCAGCGAGGGGGAGCCCGGCGAGUGGACGUCCAGGGGCGAGGCGCCCUCCUCCUCUUCCUCCUCGUCGCCAAGCCGCCUGGACCCCGAGGCGGAGACGACGGCGGUGGCGGGCGCCGACGACUUCCUGAAGCUGAAGGCGCUCUCGGACGGGCCGCCCAAGGAGCUGAAGAUCCGGCUGAUCAAGGUGGAGAGCGGCGACCGGGAGACCUUCAUCGCCUCGGAGGUGGAGGAGAAGAGGAUCCCGCUGGAGGAGAUCACCAUUAGGAACAAGGCGGGGGAGAUCAUCAGGGCCUGCAAGGGAUCCAGGGUCAAGGGGAAGUUCAGAGAGUCCUACUUGCUUCCGGCCUUCUCCGUGAAGCCCCCCACCAUGACCUCGGAGGUGCCCCUCCCCAGGGAGAAGCUCUACCCUCCGACACCCAGCAUUUAUCUGGAGAGCAAGAGGGACGCCUUCUCCCCGGUGCUGCUGCAGUUCUGCACCGACCCCAAGAACCCUGUGACGGUCAUCAGAGGCCUGGCUGGAUCGCUUAGACUCAACCUGGGCCUGUUCUCCACCAAGUCCCUGGUGGACGCCAACGCGGAGCAGGCGGUGGAGGUCCGCACCCAGGUGCAGCAGCCCGCCGACGAGAACUGGGACCCCAGCGGCACGGGCCAGACCUGGCCCUGCGAGAGCAGCCGCUCCCACACCACCAUCGCCAAGUACGCCCAGUACCAGGCCUCCAGCUUCCAGGAGAGCCUGCAGGAGGAGAAAGGAAGUGAAGAGGAGGACGAAGAAGAGGGUGACAAGAAGGAGAAGAAGCCAUUGAGUUGUCUUGACACACCCAGCAAGGACCCACCUAAAGAAGCUGGCAGCAGUGGUGAGCAGAAGCCAGUGGGGAAGAUCAUUAAAUUCGGCACCAACAUCGACCUCUCGGACCCCAAACGGUGGAAGUCCCAGCUGCAGGAGCUGCAGAAGCUGCCCGCCUUCAUGCGCGUGGCGUCCAGCGGUAACAUGCUGAGCCACGUGGGCCACACCAUCCUGGGCAUGAACACCGUACAGCUCUACAUGAAAGUCCCGGGCAGCCGCACCCCAGGUCACCAGGAGAACAACAACUUCUGCUCGGUCAACGUCAACAUCGGCCCGGGGGACUGCGAGUGGUUCUCUGUGCACGAGAACUACUGGCACGCCAUCAGCGACUUCUGUGAGAAGCACGGCGUGGACUACCUGACGGGGUCCUGGUGGCCAGUGCUGGAGGACCUCUACAAGGCCAACAUCCCCGUGUACCGCUUCAUCCAGCGGCCCGGGGACCUGGUGUGGAUCAACGCCGGCACGGUGCACUGGGUCCAGGCCGUGGGCUGGUGCAACAACAUCGCCUGGAACGUGGGUCCUCUCAAUGCAUACCAGUACCAGCUGGCUCUGGAGCGGUUUGAGUGGAACGAGGUGAAGAAGGUGAAGUCCAUCGUCCCCAUGAUCCAUGUGUCCUGGAACGUGGCGCGCACCGUCAAGGUCACCGACCCCGACACCUUCAAGAUGCUCAAGCACUGUCUCCUGCAGUCCAUGAAACACAUCCAGGUGCUGAGAGACCAGCUGGUGGCCGGGGGCAAGAAGAUCUCCUACCAGAGCCGCGUCAAGGACGAGCCCGCCUACUACUGCAACGAGUGUGACGUGGAGGUGUUUGACCUGCUGUUCGUGACCAGCGAGAGCAGCAGCAGGAAGACGUACGUGGUGCACUGUGAGGACUGCGCCCGCCACCGCAGCCCCAGCCUGGCCAAUGUGGUGGUGCUGGAGCAGUACCGCAUCGACGAGCUCAUGACCGCCUACGACUCCUUCAACCUGUCGUCCGUGUCUGGCUCCCGGUGACAGCCCUCCACCUCCUCUCAGUCAUAACCAAAACUCCUCCCAGCCGGGACAAAACACAGCAUUUCACUUUGCAACCGUCAUUAUAAAAAAAAAAAAAAAACUUUUUUUCUUUUUUACUACUGCUAAUACUUGCCGAACAGCCAACGGAAAAUACCAGUUUACAUAGCAUUCAAAAACCGCCAAUCAAAAAAACGCCAGUUUACUCUCAGAAGGUGCACUCCGCCAGCCAGUUGCCCUGGCAACGGUAAACUUGACGACCACGGUGCAGUCAGUGCUGCCAUUGAACAAACGACAUAGGAGCGGUCUGACGGCAUGUUUUAAUUGUUUUUUUUUACCGUGUUGAAUACUGAAUUUUGUACAUGCUGUUUGCGAUUAUCGUGGAGUGCUUUUAUGAGAAAAAAAUAAUUUAUUGUGUUGAGUUUUUUUCUAAACUAGAUCAGCCUAGAUAUAUACCACAUUGGCCUUGUCACUUGUAUUUAGAAAAAUACUAAGAAUAGAGAUAUGAACAUUUUCUAAAGCAUUAAGAAUAUGAGAAAAAAACGGUUUGGAAUGCUUCAAAACAUACGGGUUGCAUAGACUUUGGUUUUUUUCAGGACUUCAUCUUGAAUUUUCUUUUUGUCAUUCAGAAUCGUGAUGUGUGAAUCUUGUUUUUAUUAUGACAUUCUACAUAUUUUAUUUCCUUGUUGAGAGUUAAUAUUGGCCAUCAGGUUGUAAUUGUCUAAAAGCGAUCGUCAUCAAGUGGGCUUUGUUUGUGUGUCUAUAUCAUAACUGCCGAAUGUUUCCCCUUACAUUGUACAUGUCUCUGUUCCUCUUUCCUUUAUUUAAAAGUGUUUCUCUUCUAUUUAUUGGACAUUGGUUUUCUCCAUAGGAUCGUUCAUCAAAAGGUGCUAAGUGUCCCCUUUGUGUCUGUUUGGUAUAAAGUGUGGACUAAAGAAAUACGAGGUCGGGCGAGGGACUACUGUUUACCUGGUGCUUGUCUCUCUCCCCCCCUCCAUCUUUAUCUUGGACAUAACACCACGUUUCCCCUGUAGCUCACAUAGACGAUACUACUCACAGAACGCUGUCAUUGUGUGUGUGUGUGUGUGUGUUUAUUAGAGAUGAGAAACAGUUAUUUUGUUUAUCGUGUUUUCAUUUCUCUUCUGGGUUUAUGAUUUUUUUUAUUCCAUAGGGGGCAGGGUACUUAUUAAGAUGAGAUUUUAAUGAUAUUAUCUGUUGAAUACUAUGGGAUAGAUGGUGCUAAAUGUUAUUUUUGAACACUUUUUUUUUGUUUUUCCUUGUUCGUUAUCUUUUUAAAUGAGAUUUCUAUUUUUCCUGUUGCAAUACACCUUCCCCCUCUAUUUCCCUUUGUGGUCGAUUAUUUAAAACUGCACUGUUUAAAGAAUUUACACACCAACACUUGCAUACACACACACACCAAACUGAGCCAGACAUGUCUUAAAACACUUUGUGAACUUGUGUGACAUUACUAUGAAUAUUAAUAAACGCUUUUUGAUAAACUCAAAGGGUUUCAUUCGUAUUUAUUAUUUUACGGUUCAUAGAUGACCACCGCAUUUAUUUUAAUAUUGAUGAAUAAAUUGAGUGUUCGUUUUGUGACUUCCUGAGACAGAGCGCAAAUUGGAUGUCACGGAAUACGUUGUCUUUCAGUUGCGAUAUUUAUGCUCACAUGACCUCAUAAGCAGCGUAGAA